AUGAAUUCUGGAGCCGGAUGGUCUCCACCACGAACUCGUCUGAGUCUUCAGCAUGCUGUUGAUGAGCGUGCUCUGCGAGCUCACGGUGGUUCUGCACAUAUGGAUGGUUCAACAAGCGUUCAACAAACUUUCGCGUGGACACCUAUUUGCUUAGACACAUUAUUGGGACAGAGCAUCCAAUGGUUCGCAUGGUCGUGUACAUGCGACAACAAAGGAUGA